AUGGUUGUCCCAGAGUCACAGGAUAAGAAACUGUCCCAAAGCGGCUCUGUGGGCCGGAGCCAACAGCACAGUGCCAACCCGUCUUCAUCCCAGCCCUCUGGAAGUCCACAACAUCUGAGCUCGAAUGGAAAUAUACCACCGGUCAACGCAGGUCUCCAUUACGAGUCGCAGGACUACACCGAGACAGACUCUCUGCUCCCCAAUGAGCUCUACAGCGGAUCGAGGUUCAGCAGAUCCACGAGAGCGAAGGAUGCGGGUGGCUCAGGUGCACCCGGGGAGUCACUCUGCUCCAUGGUGCUGCAGAUCCUGGUGCCAUUUCUGCUGGCUGGACUUGGGACAGUUUCUGCUGGGAUGCUGCUUGAAAUGGUUCAGAACUGGGACGUGUUCCAGGAAAUCACAGAGAUCUUUAUUCUGGUACCGGCUGUUUUAGGCAUGAAGGGGAACCUGGAAAUGACUCUGGCCUCAAGACUCUCAACCGCUGUGAAUGCAGGGAAAAUGGAAUCGAGCAGAGAAAAGUGGAUGUUGAUUGUCGGGAACUUGGCACUCAAGCAGCUUCAAGCCACGGUGCUGGGCCUGCUAGCGUCUCUGAUGGCGACUCUGUUGGGCUGGAUGGCAGAAGGAAGGAUGCCUUUCAAUCACGUGGUGCUCUUGUGUUCAACCAGCGUUUCUACUGCUUUUGUGGCUUCAUUGUUACAAGGUGUCGCUAUGGUCGGAGUGAUCAUCGGCUCCAAGCGGAUGGGAAUCAACCCCGACAACGUGGCCACACCGAUGGCAGCCAGCUUUGGGGAUCUCAUCACUCUGGCCUUGUUGGCCUGCUUCAGUCAGUGGUUCUACUCCUUCCUAGAACUUUAUCCCUAUGUGUUGUACCUGGUGGAUCUAUUAUUUUUGUGCCUGAUCCCCAUCUGGGUGUCCGUCUCCUCCAAACAUCCAGCCACCAGCCUCCUGCUCCGCACUGGCUGGGAACCGAUCAUCACGGCGAUGGUCAUCAGCAGCAUUGGAGGACUUAUUCUGGACAAGACUGUUUCUGAUCCAAACUUGGCAGGAAUUAUAGUUUACGCUCCAGUCAUAAAUGGUAUCGGAGGAAACCUGGUCUCCAUACAGUCUAGUCGUAUUUCAACCAACUUGCAUAUGAAUUACUCUCCUGGAGAAGUUCCUGAGGAUCGCAGGACCUGCCACAACCCUUGUCAGACUUUCUUUGGUUCAGGAGCAAACCAUCGAUCUGCUCAGGUCCUGCUCCUUCUGGUCAUCCCUGGUCAGCUGAUCUUUGUACACACUAUUCACGUGAUGAAAGGAGGCCAAACUCUGCCCAGUCCUCUCUUCAUUGUCGUCUUCUUGUCUGCUUCCCUGAUCCAGGUCUUCUCCUUGCUCUGCAUAGCUGACUGCAUGGUCCAUUGUCUGUGGCGGAGGGGUAAAGACCCAGACAGUUAUUCGAUACCCUACCUCACGGCCCUCGGGGACCUGCUCGGCACCGCUCUUCUAUCUCUGGCCUUCCUCAUGCUGUGGUGCAUCGGUGACUCGGGCAAUGUAUGAACUGAGGAGGAAGAAAUAUUGCUUAAUAAACGCAAGGAAACAGAA